AAGGUAGCGGUGUAUGAGUUGAAGCUGGAGCUUGAGCUACUGGUGCAAGGUAACAGCUACCCAAGGAAGGAGAGAGAACACACUAAUGAUAAGCGUUCUGCUAGUGACAACUGAGGUGAUGCAGUUUCCUUUUCUGAAAGAACCCCAGAUUGGAGCCCUCCUUGCAUGUCAAUGCUGACAUACAGAUGAAUUCUUCAGAAAAUCCAAGAUUCAGGCAUUCUCCUUUGGAGACAUCAACCUCCGGAGUACAGCACACCUAAGGAAGCUUCCUGCCCCUGUCGUGGGAUAUGGCAGAGUCAGUAGAUAAUGCUCUUUGUGAGAAGUUUGAGGCCAAUGCAUUCGCUAAACACCGCUGCCAGAACUGUUAUCAAGCUGCUGGUGUUCACCAGCACAAUAACCAGGCACCAGAGGAACAUGCAGUGGAGGCUCCUCACUGUGAUGCGGAAAGUGGGCCAGACCCCGGUGGACCCUGGGAUCCUUUGUGCAUCUUAGCACCCCGCUGUGAGCUCUACGUAUGUGCAAGGUCUGAGAGCAGGACCAAGAGCUGGCGGGAGAGCCUGGCAUAUACCCAGUUCAGCACCAAGACUGAAGAUGGCCCCAGAGAGACCAGCACCAGUAUCAACACUGAUGCCAACACCAGUACUGGACCUGACACCACACUCUCCAGGGACUGGGAGAUGACUAGGCUGCUGGAUGGCAUUUUGGAAUCAGACAAACCAGACAUGAUCUUCACAGGCCACCUGAAAGCAAUACGGGAAGCAGCCCUGCAGGCAGAGAGACCCAGGUGGGGACAGACCUCUCCAUCUGGCCCCUGGGUGCGAGUAGACUCCCAGAGCUCUGUGAAAGGAGUCGACCCUUUGAAAGCAGAGUCUCAUCCCAUGAGCCAGACUUCUGGGAGUAGUUGGCCAAAGCACCGGAUAGAGAAUGGUUAUUUCUCCCUGGAGCGCCGAAAAUCUGAACCCAGUCAGCCUGCCUCCCCUCCCUGUGCCAGCCACAGCCCCUUUCCCUCACGCAGCGACUCAUUUGGGGCUGGCAGGCGUCGCACUUCCUCUGCCAGCUCCCUGAACUCUGAGACGAGCUGGCGCACGAGUGGCGGUGGUGAGGGGCGACAUGGGCUAGAGAGGCAGGAGUACACUGUGCUGGCUGACCUGCCGAAGCCCAAGCGGAUCAGCCACAAGGAGGCAUUUGACCGGGGACGCAGAAGCUCCCGCACUCGAAGCCCAGGUCGGGAUGAGGUGGAAUGGCUCUUCGGAUCUGAGCGCAGGAAGACUGAGACCCUGGAGGCAUUCCAGGCCUUGGAAGAAGGCCGUGUGGACCAUCUGGAUGGCAAGCCCCCACAGCUGGCCAAGGGAGGCCGAUUAAUCAGAAGGCAGUCCAGCCCCACCUUGGCCAGAGAAGGGAGCAAGAGACUCCCAGGGCAGCUGGAACAGCAGGGCCGAGGCCAACGGGAAUCCUUGCACUCAGCGAACCCAGCUCAAGGAUCGGGCAGAGACAACAGGAGCCGACAGGACUCUUUGCGCUCACUGAGUCCAGCUCAGGGACGGGACAGGAACUGGGGGAAGCAGGGAGACCCUGGGGGUUCAGUCAUUCAACCAGACAGAGACUGGAGGAGUCGAGCAAAACCUGUAUGCCCCAUGAACAUGGACAGAGAACGAGUGCUCUUCCAAGUAUUGAACCCAGGGAAGCACAUGGACAGCCAUGGAAAAAGUCGAGGGGGCUCCCUGCACCCCACAAAACCCAUUAAGACCUUGGAUGCCAGCUGGACUGGCCAAGGGGGGCACCCACGUUCUCAGAGUCCUGGGAGGCACAUGGAGAGCACCUGGAAAAGCCAAAAGCCAGUCCACACUGCAAAUCCAGCGCUGAGCCCAGAGAGAAAGGGAACAAGCCCAGGAGCUUCCCUGAACCCUCUAAGCACUGGGAAGCAAAGAGAGAGCAACUGCCGAAGCUUGCUGGAGAAAACACCCCCUGCAAGCCCAGAGACAGGCACAGACAAUGACCGGAAAGGCCGGGGCAAGCCCCUGCGCCCCAUGAGUCCAACUCACCUACCACAGAAAAGCUGGAAGAGCAGAGGAGAGACCCCGCCCCAUGUGAGCCAAGCUCGAAGGCCAGCAAACGACUGGCAGAGUCCUGAGAAGCCCUUGUGCCAUGUGAAUGUGAUGCAAAGGGACUGGAGAAGCCCAGGUGAGCACCUGCACGCAGGGAAGCAACCAAAGAGUAACUGGAAAAGCCCUGUGGGUCCUGUGCAGCAGUCUGAGAAUGCCUGGAAGAGUCCUGUGGCAUCCCCACCUUCCAAGAGUCAAAGACCAGCAAGUCCAGUACAACAGUCAGAGAAUAACUGGAGGAAUCCUGGGGGGUCACCGCCUCCCAGGAGCCAAAGACCUGUGAGUCCAGUGCAACGGUCAGAGAAUGACUGGAGGAGUCCUGUGGGAUCCCCAUCUUCCAGGAGUCAAAGACCAGUGAGUCCAGUGCAGCGGUCAGGGAAUGAAUGGAAGAGUCCUGAGUGGUCCCCACCCUCCAGGAACCCAGAGAAGCAAUGGGGGAAUGAGUGGGAAGCCAAAGGCAACUUCUUGCAUCAAUCCCAGCUGGGUAGAGGCACAAUGCAACUCCUCAGCAGUGCCAGGCCACCUUCCCCAGGGAGCCAAGACCUUUAUCUGGAUGCCAGUGAGAAAUACAAGCCGGAUCUCCUCAAUUUCAAGAAAGGAUGGAUGUCCAUACUGGAUGGGCCAGGAGAGUGGAAGAAGCACUGGUUUGUGCUGACGGACUCAAGCCUGAGAUAUUACAGGGACUCCAGUGCUGAAGAGGCUGAUGAGCUGGAUGGUGAGAUUGACUUGCGCUCCUGCACAGAUGUGACAGAAUAUGCAGUGCAACGCAACUAUGGCUUCCAGAUACAUAUGAAAGAUGCUGUCUUCACUCUAUCAGCAAUGACCUCGGGAAUCCGGAGGAAUUGGAUUGAGGCAUUGAGGAAGAACGUGCGUCCUGCCAGUGCUCCAGAUGUCACCAAGCUGUCUGACUGCAACAAGGAAAACUCCUUCCGUAGUUAUGUACCCCAAAAGAGCUCCCUCCGUUCGGAGGAACAGCGUUCAGGCACGGGGUCAGAGGUUAUCUCCAAGGGCAGUUACCGGAAAGCAGACGGGCAGCGCCAGGCUUUCGACUAUGUGGAGCUGUCCCCCCUGCAGCAGGGCCCCUUGAACCAAGGGUCCCCACAGCGGACGAGAGGGAGUUUGAGGGUCUUUGACAGAACAUUCAAGCAUGAGGAGCUGGAACGAGACCUGGCCGUCCGCUCGGAGGAGAGGCGGAAGUGGUUCGAGGCUCCUGACAGUGGAGUCCUGCAGACUGAUGGCCCAGCUCGGGAUCUCUUCCACAAGGGGUGUGAGAAGGAGCUUAUGGGCCAGUCCCUGUCCGAGGAGCAGCGCAGUAGGCUGAAGGAAGAGAUUGAGAAGAAGUGGCUGGAGCUGGAAUGCUUGCCCCUGAGGGAGUCGAAGAGAGUCCCCCUGACAGCACUGCUGAACCAGAGCAGAGAGGGCCACGGGGACACCAGUGAAGCAUUGGAGAAGGAGGUUCAGUCCCUGAGGGCACAGCUGGAAUCCUGUCGUGUUGGUGGUGAGAGCCUUCGUGACACUGCAAAGCCUCAUGGAGAUGGCAGUGUGCCUCAAGGCUACAUCUCCCAGGAGGCCUGUGAGCGCAGCUUGGCAGAGAUGGAGUCUUCCCACCAGCAGGUCAUGGCAGAGCUGCAGCGGCAUCACCAGCGGGAGCUGGAGCGGCUGCAACAGGAGAAGGAGAGGCUCCUGGCUGAGGAGGCGGCAGCUACAGCUGCAGCCAUUGAAGCAUUGAAGAAGGCCCACCAGGAGGAGCUGAAUAAAGAGCUGGGCAGGACGCGCAGCUUCCAGGAUGGUGGGUCCAGCUCUGACGCCCUUCAGAGGCAACACCAGUUGGACCUGGCUUCUCUGAAGCGGGAGCUGCAGGUUCUUUCUGAGCAAUACUCCCAGAAGUGCCUGGAAAUAGGGAACCUCACAGAAAAGGCAGAAGAGCGGGAGCAGAUGCUGCAGUGCUGUCAGCAGGAGGGGAAGGAACUCCUCCGGCAGAACCAGGCAAGAGAUUUUUCCCUGGAGGAUCUGCAAGCACGCCUGUCGGAGGAGAUUGGGAGGCUACGGACCUCCAUCGCUUCUCAUGGUUCUGGGGAUGGGGCCUUGCACAAUAAUGAGAGGAGCUCCUGCGAGCUAGAGGUGCUGCUUCGAGUGAGAGAAAAUGAGCUCCAGUAUCUGAAGAAAGAGAUUCAGUGUCUUCGGGAGGAGCUGCAGAUGAUGCAGAAGGAUAAGAGGUUUGCCUCGGGGAAAUACCAGGAUGUCUACAUGGAGCUGAAUCACAUCAAAGUGCGCUCAGAGCGGGAAAUCGAGCAGCUGAAGGAGCAUCUGCGCCUGGCCAUGGCGGCUUUGCAGGAGAAGGAGACGCUGUGUAACAGCAUUGCUGAAUAGAGGUCUGUUUUAUUCUGCUCCUCACUUGUUGGGAAGUGGUGGCUGCAUCCCAUCCAUUCACACAACCUUCCCAGAACCCAUCUCCUCGUGCCUUCCAAUGAAUCCCUGUCCCAUGUGCCUGCGUAACUGAGCACGCCAUUUGGACUGGCUCCAACAUGCACCUUCUUCAGGAUUUUAUAUGUGAAAAGAUAUUUUAUAGAGUUUUUUGGGGGGUUUUUGGAAGGGGAGGGGAACAUUUUAAGCUACUAUAUCUUUUAGCCAGCAGCUGAAGACAGACUUUGUAUUCCCUGCUGCCCCUUCUGGCCACGAGUGCACACAGGCUCUAGAGUGGCUGUCUUGUAGCACUCUCCUUCUUCUUCAAAUGUUUGUGUGAGCCCACUUGGAUGUGCUAGAAUGACUGACUGUGGCCCACAGCAGCCUGUGCAAGAGACAAACUAACCAUAGCAGGGCAAGCAAUGGCUCCAUCUGCCCUGGGCACAUCCAUGGGGAGAUGGUGGUGAGAGACCAUGUGAUCAAGUCUAUCGGUGACUAUCCUCCAACUCAGAGUACUGCACUAAAGGCAGGUUCCUGCAGGAGUAGGCCAGCUGUCUGUCUCGCUGUGAGGCUAGUGCCUACCGCAGUGUGGGACAAGCCUGCCUUCUGCCAGCACACCCCUGGGGAGUAGUGGAGACUUUCCAUGAGCCGCUGCUGCCUCUGCCAGAGCCAAACAACAAAGGCAGCUGCUGCUCCGCUGCACAGCUCAUAGUUUAACUUAAUAAAAAUAUUCCGAUAUUGCAGGGGAUCUUGUAUGACUGUUGCGUUGGCCUCAGAGUCACUGAUGGUGUCAAGUCAGGCUUGUCCUUUACACAGCAUCUUUGAACCUUCACGUUGGAGGAUGGCUCCUUGCUUUAUCGAAUCAGCAGUGUCCAGCAAGGGCUGCCAAUUGUGCCUAGAGACUUCGAUAUAAGAACUGAGAUUCUGGGUCAGACCAAAGGUCUGUCCAACCCUGUAUAUCUUGUCUCUAAUAGUGGCCAGUAGCAGAUGCUUUCUAGAGUAGUGGCAUCAACAUAAUGCUUGUGGGCCAGCUCUGGCCCCUGGAGGUGUCAUCUAGCUUGUAAGGCUUCUCAGUGGCUGAACCACUUUGUUCCAUGGAUUUGGCCUACAGGGUUUGUUGCCAUAGCUUCAGUAUUAAUCACUGCUACUUUAGUGUGGCUUCAGAAACCAGGGAGUUAAUUCCACUUGCCUUUCCCUCUUGGGGUUUGUAGGUACCCCUGGCAGGGAGGUUUGGGGGACAAGCGGCAGCAGCAACAUCAUUCACUCCCUGGGUUCUGGAGAUGUGCCAAAACAGGGGCUCUGGCAGCAGUGGGGACUUAUGCCACCACCAUUCAUGUGUUGUCCGGUUUGAAGGGCCCAAUGACCCUUUGGUUAGACACCCCUGCUUCAGAGAGAGCAUCAUGAACAGCUUGCCUAAAGUGUUCCAUCACCUGUCGGACUCCCCCAGUCUCCAGCAAAGGGUUACAUUCCUGACUUUUAUGGUUAAUAGCCCCUGAUGGAUCUAGUCUGUACCCAGUUAUUUAAUCCCCUUUUGAACCUUGUUAGACUUUUGGCCUCCACAACAUCCUGUGGCAGUGAAGCUCUGCAUAUUCAUGAUGCACUGUGCUUUAAAAGGAAAAAAAAGGACUUCUUUUUGGUUUGUUUUAAACCUGCUGUCUGAUAAUGUCACUCCUCCCCGUAGUUCUUUUAUUAUAGUAGAUGUAAUGAAUAAUACUGCCCUAUUCACUUUUUCCAGACCAUGAUUUUUAUAGCUCUGUCAUAUCCCACUCAAAUUUUUUCAAAGCUGAAGACUCCUAGUCUUUUCUGUCUCUCUUUAUAUAGCAGCUGUUCCAUAGCCCUGAUCAGUUUGUUGCCAUUCUCUGUACCUGUUCUAGUUAUGUUGCAUCCUUGUUGAAAUGGGGUGACCAGAACUGCACACAGCAUUAAAGAUGGGGUGCUUCAUGGAAUUAUAUUUUCAUAGAUUUCAUAGACAUUCGGGCUAGAAGGCUGGAGGAUCAUUGAGUCCAGCCCCCUACCCCAGGGGCAGGAAGUCAGCAGGGAUCAUAGGAUCCCAGCAAGAUAAGCAUCCAAAUGUGUCUUGAAGGCAUUCAAAGUGGGUGUUUGAACUGCCUCUGGCAGCAGUCUAUUCCAAACCUUGGGGGCUCGGACAGUAAAGAAGUUCUUCCUUAUGUCCAGCCUGAAUUGGUCAUGGAGGAGUUUGUGACCAUUCAACCUUGCCAUCCUGGGGGGGGGGCGCUCUAAUGAACAGAUGUUCCCCCAGAUGCUUUGUUUCCUCCUUUGAUUCCUAACAUUUUAUUUGCCUUUUUAACCAUUACUCUACAUUUGAUCUGAAAACAGUCCACAAUGAUUCCAGGAUCUCUCCUGAAUGAUAAUGGUUAAUUUGGAGCCAUCAUUGAGUGUGUGAACUUUUUCCAACAUACUUUACUUCAGACUUCUCAGUGUUGAUUUUCCUCUGUUGUUCCUGCCUCUGUGUCAGUUCUAUGAGAUAUCCCUGUAACGUCGCCACCACCAGCUUCGGAUUUGAUUACCCGAAAUCAUUUGAUAUCAUCUCCAAACGUCACCGUUUACUCCUUUUUCCCUUUCUAGUAUAUCUCAAUCUGGCAUGUGGUGACUUGAUUGCAAGCCUUCUGCAAGUGCUGGGGAAAUGUGUGUGUGUGUGUGUGUGUGUGUGUUGGCUCACUUCCCUGUCCAAGUCUGCUUCUCUUCACCUGCUUUCUCCCCUACCCUCACCCUAAUUUUUGCUUUUGAAGUAUCAGACAGAUAAGAAGUACUGUGCACUUGAUGUCAUCCCUAAGUGUUAAUAGAGUUGGACGCAGCCCCUGGAGGCAGCUGCAAGGACAAAACCUUCAAGAGUGGGCCUUGGAAAACAACUGUCUAUGCCCUGCCUUCAGGAAACGCUGGAAAAAGUAGCACUUCUCCAGAUUCCAGCAAGAAAUUCCUCUCCCUUUCCUGAGCUGUUGCUGGAGGUGCCUUUGUCCCAGAACCAUGUACCUAGUGGAUGCUUUGAGAGGGAUCUGUAGGCAGGUGAGCACUGUCAUCACUUCCAGAACAUAGGUGGGUGUUUCAUUUGCUGUCAGGACUGUCUUACAACUGUAGCUGUCUCCUGGCAUGGGAAGGAUAUUCCUAGUGCUUGCCUGGGAGUUGAGCCCUGGGGUGAUACCUUCAGCUCAGCUGUUUCAGGGCUGCUACUCUGACAGUUGGAGCACAAUCACUCAUGACCUGCUGAAACAUUAGUGGUCAGAAGAAGGAGAGAGUAGUUGGGUUAUAGGACUGGGGAGGCAGUCAACAGAACAAACCAGAACUAUGCAAUGCAGAACUCUCCCUGCUUGAUGAUCCCAGAUCAUUCUGAUUUGUGUCUGGAAAGCUGACUGGUAGAUCUGACUUGGGAUGGAUAAGACACACUGUUCUUGCUACUCUGUCUUGUUCCAAUCCUGCAUCAACCAGCCUACAGAUACUUGAGUGUUUGUUCUGAAAAAAAUAAAAUAAGGCUACUGAAACGAUGGUGGCCUCAAGCUGGGUAAUGCAGUACUAGGAUUGGCUCAUGUGCAGUGCCAAACUACGGUGACAAGCUACUGCGAUGUGGGAACCUGGUGGAGCUGAAAGCAAUGAAACCUGGUGACCAUUUUAGUGUAGCCAUAGCACAUGUGCAGAGCUUAUUAACACCAGAUGCCCUUUUAGGGUGAAGACACCUACAAUUACAUUUCCAGAGUAUUCUACCAUUGCUAAGAUAAUAUGUACAUGCACUCAUGCAUGCACAGAGAACCAUAAUGCAGAGCAACUUGGAGAGAGAAAGGCAGCUGAUUUUGGGUGUGUGCGCAAAGAGGGAAGUUUGCGCACACAAUCAGUUGAACUAGUUACAAAUAACGUCUGGAACCCCUGUGAUUCCUGGACCAUUAUGAGAUUGACUGGUACCUUAGGUUAAGCUUGGAGUAGACUGUAGUUCAGUGCAACUAAGUAAAAGACUUUCUUUAGAGUCAGAAGAUGCCUGAUUGGCCAAUAGCAAGUGAUGCAAAAGGAAGGCUGCUGAGUUCAACCCUCUUCCUCCCUUGGAGGGCUUUACAGAUAAGUCUGGAUUCUGCCUAUUCUUAUACCCUUGUUUAGAUAAGAAUAGGUCUUGUUGACAUUUGGUCUUGCUCUGCUACCUCUCAGGAAACAAUUGUGGUUUUGGAAGCAAAUAUCUAAGGCACCUCUCCUGCUGCAGGGUGGUCUCCUGUGGCUGACUUAUUGCUCUCACAUCUACAGCAGUCUCCCUGUUCAUUUAGCUAGUACUAACUUCAGGCUCCUUAAUGAGAAGGGAGAUGGUAGAAUGACUGUUUUUUUUCUGUUCCCAGAAACACCCUUGUCCUGUCCAAACUUUCUUGCUACAGCCAAGUCUCUGGACUCUUUCUUGUACUCAUGUGAUACCCUUUUUUCAUGCCGUUCAAAUCUAAUGGGUAAAUUCAGGAUACUGAUCAGCGUGUGAGAGUUGUUUGGAGGCAGAGGAUGUAAUGAGCUGAUUCAAGGAGUUUUUGUACUUUGAACAUGUGACAUCUCCCUGACGGGAGGUUACUGACCCUACUAACUGAAGUCAAAACAAAAUAAUUGGCUGGCAGAAGGUCUGGCCUGAUCCUCGCCCCAAAGUCCUUAGUGCUGUAGAUCAGAAAGCCUUUAAAACAAGUACAAAUGUCAGACUGCAAUGGCACUAUUCUGAACUGUAGUGUGGCCCAUCCUGAACAAUGGCAGAGUAUUAAAUGAGGGAAGAGUGUGUGUGACGUAAUGGGAGGAAAGGUUAUUUCAGCUGAUUUAAGAACGGAGGAACUCCAUGCUGGGUCAGAUCUCAUGGGUGUAUCUAGCCCGUUAGUCUCUCACAGUGGCAGGGAAUAGAUGUGUAGGGAAGAAGUAUUUAACCAGGGCCUAUCCAGAUCUGUCUCCUACUGCCCCUUUUCCCUUCAGCAUUCAGAGGCCUAGGAGGUCUUAAUUUGGAGGUUGCAUUCCUAUCAUGUUUAAUACCUGCAAAUGGGUCUAUCCUGCAUGAAUCUGUCCAGCCCUAUUUUGAACCUGGUUAUCAGCAUCCACACAAAUUCAGAGAAUCAAAGAUUAUCAUCUCUGGUGUUGUCAGCUUGGUCUGGAGAAACUGGGAGUCGGGGAGUGGUAGAGGUAGCAAAGAUUCUGGUCCAGUUCCAGCAACGUGAGAGAAACUGAAGACCAGAAAAGGGCAGUUCUGAUCAUCUGGUGUUGCCUAGGCCAUAGAGCUACCCCUGGAGUUCUGCAGGGAGCCUAGCAAUUUGUGUUUAACUACUUCAUAUUUUUUUCUAGGCAGCAAUCCUCUCUCAGUAUCAAGCCCCCUGAGCAAUGGAAAGUCCAUGGUACCCUUGGCAACCUGUUCUUUUCGAAGUUAAACUCCAUGCCAAUCUGAGGAAUUCUGCAGUUUUUUAAAGUGUUUAAAGGACUCCACAUCUUACCUGGUCAGUCAUCUCAGUGCUGUUUAUUAAAUGGAUGGUUCUUUU